AUGUCAUGCGUGAAGGAAAUUUCGCGAACGGAGUUUAAAAUGAGGGGCAUUGCAAGUCUCUUGGUGGUGGCACUGAUUGCAUCGACGGAGUGCAGCUCCGGAAAAAAACUCGCGCCAAAUUCAGUCUCCAAUCCCAAGAGCGUCGCCGACUUGGAGGAGAUAAUAUCGACCAUGAUGACAAAAAUUGAAGAUCUGGCGAAGGAAAACACACAACUGAAGCUGGACAUCACACAGCUGAAAGUUAACGAUGAAAAAAUGAAAUCCCUUGUAGAGAAUACGGUGGAAAAUAGGCUCCAGUACCUCGAGGCCGUAACUCGGCAAAUAACGCCCCCGACGUGCGAGACUCUGGCCAGCCUGGGCGUGACGAGGACGGGAACUUACCUUGUGGACCCAGAUGGGGUACUUCGAGGCGAUCCACCCAUACAAGUGCUCUGUGAUAUGAAAACAGAUCCGGUGUCUACCAUCGUUCUUCACGAUGCGAUGGAAAACACGGAGAUUGACCACUGCCCAGAUCCUGGAUGCUACAGUCGUGGCAUCGCAUACCAUGCGUCAAUGAAGCAGAUGCAAGCAUUGAUCGAGCAAUCGGAGUCUUGCGAGCAGAAAAUCAGAUAUGACUGUUUUUCGACGGCAUUGACAACCAGCAACACAGAUUACGCCUGGUGGGUGGACCGUCAUGAGGAACCUCAGUACUACUGGGCUGGGGCGCACGCAGGGGAACACGUCUGCAGCUGCGGCCUCACCGAAAAUUGCAUCGACCCCACGUUGCCGUGCAAUUGCGAUGCAGAAGCCCCCGAGUGGGAAUCGGACGAAGGAGCGAUCACCAACGGAACGGCAUUGCCCAUCACAGAGCUUCGAUUUGGCGGCCUUCAAUUCGAUGGCCAGAAGGCGAACCACACUCUUGGUGGACUGAUCUGCCAAGGCAAGGCUGCGUCUCCGGACAACCCAGCGGAGUCCUGCUCGUCUCUGCGCAAAGCCGGACACACUCACGCGGGUUAUUACCUGAUCAGCACGAAAGAAGGACGGUUGGAUGUUGUUUUCUGUCGAAUGAAUUUGGAAGACACCGACGUGGAUUUCCAGUUGGAUACUGGUGGUCGCAUCGUGGAGGAGAGUGUUUAUUUCAACGUCUAUCGCACAAGCAUGUGGAAUAGCACGGGCGUAAUUACUUUCGAAGGGAUCGAGGUGAACAUGGGGGACGCGAUGUCUUCCAGCAGCCGGUUGGCUAUUCUGGUUUAA